AUGAUUUUCUCUCAACCGUUUUGUCAAAAUAUCUCAACAACACCUCCAGCUUUAAAUAGCCCUAUACAAUAUGAUUCAUUUCCACAUACAGAUGACAAUCAUUUAGUUACGCGAAAAUUAUUAUCAUCUGAUGAAACAGAUACUUUAAUGCAAAAAUCACCCAUUUCUACUGUUGGUGAACAUAAUCAACUUCAGAACUUUCAGUCAACUGCGCUAAGAAAUGAAGAGUUCAGUUUAAUACAAAUGAAUGAUUUUCCAAAUCAAAAUGUUUCAGGAAGCAAUACAAUAUUACCACCUGUAAGUAAUAUACUGAUGCCAAAUAAUAUACACAUUAUGUCAGGUGAUAAGAAACACAUAACAAAUUCGUAUUAUUCUUCUGGUGUUGCAUCAAUAUCAUCAUCUUCACCUUUGAAUUAUCCUGAAUCUGAUUUAUCAAAUAAAAAUCUUAUCAAAUCAAGUUUCAUACCACAUGAUUUGGAGUAUCAAAGUGAGAGACUCAGAUUACAGUCAGAGCAGCAGCAACAACAACAACAACUGGAUUACAAUAUUUGUUUAGAUAAUCGUAAACAAAAUCUAGAAAAAUAUUCAUGUCGACAAAUGGUAGUAAAUGAAUCACCACUUCAUCCCUUGACCUUGUCAACAUCAAUUUUAUCAUCGUCAUCAUCAUCAUCGUCUUCAGUGAUUACAAUGCAAUCCAAUUUUGCUAAUAAUCAUUUAACUGUUUACAAUACUAAUAUGAACAGUGAAAGAAUUAAACGACCAAUGAAUGCAUUUAUGGUAUGGUCACGUUUACAAAGGCGUAAAAUGGCUGAAGAGAAUCCUAAACUUCAUAACUCUGAAAUCAGUAAGCAAUUAGGUAAUUUGUGGAAAUCUUUAACAAAUACUGACAAAAUUCCAUUUAUUGAAGAAGCUAACCGACUACGUGAUUGUCAUAUGAGACGUUAUCCAAAUUACAAAUACUGUCCUAGACGAAAACGCAAACCACCAACAAAUAAAGUUGUAUUACAGCAAAAAGUAAAAACUACUGCUGAAUUACCUCUUGAGUUAGUUUUAUGUCCUACCCGUUCAAAUUGUUUUCAAGCAGCAAGGUUAACAAGAGUUCCGAAAGCUGUCACUCAACCAUAUAAUAAACCACGUAUCCCUAUUAUUGCUCCGACAAUGAAAUCAUAUGAAAUAACACAAAAUAGAAAUAUGUCAAUAAAUGAGAUGAAUCAUAAACCAGAACCAUUUAUAGUAUCACAAAUGAACAUGAUGCCAAUGAGUAACAAGCCCAUAUCAAAUAUGUGUACAUCAGUUCAAAAUUUAAUGGCAAAUAACAAUUCAACAUAUUUUCAAUCAACGGAUACAAUUUAUGAUCCUUACAAAAUUCAAUUAACAAGUACAUUUCUUCCUAAUGUGAACAAUCGAAAUAAUAUGACUAAUUAUCCUGAUCAAAAAGAAUUUUACACAGACUUUAAUAUAUCUCAACCUACAACUAGUAAUGAUAUAAAUAAUUGUCAUCACGAUUCAUACACUUAUGAUACAUCGCAUUCACCAGAGAUCUAUUCAAGCUUUUUAGAUUCAAUUGAUUUACAAACAUUUUUCUAAAUUAUUUAUUCCUUGAAAUGUUCCCCUUUUGUUUUCCUUUCAUUGAUUAUUUCUUCUUGAUAUAUUGAUUCACAUGUAUUUUACUAUGUUAAUGAUUAGUCAAUUGUUCGAAUUGACUCAUCAUGCUUAUUCGAAAUAAUUUACAUCUGAAGAAGCAUAAUAAAAAAAGGUUCAUAUUUAUUGGUUUAUUAUUAGAAGUUUGAAAUUAUAAUUUUGAAUGUAGA